UCUCUCCAUCUAUCAGAUGCUGGAGGUUUUCUGGUGUCCCCUUUCCCUUAAUGAGAACUGCUUUGUAAAGUUGCCGAUUUCAGACCUAGAAAAAUGUAGCAACUUUCAUGCGCUAAAGGCUGAGAAUGAAAACUCUCAUUGAAUGCUCGAGAUUCUGUCUGCCAUCAAGAAGAGAUUCUCUGGGAUUUGCCUAGAUCAUUCAUAAUGAGGUGGCAGUUUCUAACCUUAAAUUCUCUAGAUUAAAACCAAAAGGUUGCCUUCCCUUGUUGGGUGACCCUCAUGCGUCUGCAAACAUCAGCACUUUUUCUUUUUUCUUUUUUUCUGGUUUGUUUGGCAGUGAGGGUAAUUUCGUAACAAAAUGAUCAUUAACAGAGAGUUCUCUGGAGCCAUUAUUAUGUCCUAGGAAUCAGAAGGUGGAUUUUGAACGAGGGGCCCGAGGAGUGAGCGCUCACUCUACCUGGCAGUCAACAGCCAAAAGAAGACUGAAAUCAACUUCUAAAGCAAAACGUCUACAUUCUCUGGACAGCAUUUAAUCGAUUCUUAACUCCCCACGGCCCGUCCAGUUCUUCAGCCGGCUGAUAACCCCACUAUUUAUUUACGCAGCAAACACCUGUCUCACCGUAGCUGGCACACGCUGUGAGCCUCGUCCUCCAUCUCCUCGAAGCCUCUGCACGCUCCCCCGAGAUAAGGACCGCGGUCCCCCUUCGCGGGGGAGACGCCGGGCUGUCCCCAGCUUCGCUUGCCUCGGUCGCCCCAGGUUUGCUUCUCCUGAGACGGAAGAGCCCCCUCUCACCCUCCUGGCGAUCUUCCGGCCCCUGAGUCCCCGCUGCCCGGAGUCGGCGGCACCCCGAGGGGCUGCGGGCGCGGUGCCCUUGGGAGCGGGACGUGGGGCGGCCGGGCUCGCUCCGGGGCGCGCAUGGAGCGGCAGGCGCCCGGCGAGGUGCGCAUGAGCCGGGCCGUGGGGCCCGCGCACGCCAACGCCCGCGGCGAGCUGGGCGCCGCGCAGCUGCUCCGCUGGAUCGACGCCGCCGCCUGCCUGGCCGCUGAAAAACAUGCUGGGGUUUCCUGCGUUACAGCCUCGGUGGAUGACAUACAGUUUGAGGAGACAGCUAGAGUUGGACAAGUUAUCACCAUCAAAGCGAAAGUUACUAGAGCGUUCAGCACAAGCAUGGAGAUCAGCAUCAAGGUUGUAGUACAGGACGUGUUCACUGGCGUUGAGAAACUUGUGAGUGUGGCUUUCUCUACAUUUGUAGCCAAACCAGCUGGAAAGGAAAAGAUUCAUUUAAAACCAGUCAUGCUUCUAACUGAACAAGAUCAUGUGCAACAUAACCUGGCCUCUGAGAGAAGGAAAGUUCGAUUACAACAUGAAGAUACCUUUAAAAACUUGAUGAAGGAAAGUAGCAGGUUUGACGAUCCCAUCUGGAGAGAAGAGGAUGGCACGGUCUCCACGAGGGGCACCUCUGUUCAGAGCAUUGAACUUGUCCUCCCGCCCCAUGCUAACCAUCAUGGAAACACAUUUGGUGGCCAGAUUAUGGCUUGGAUGGAGACCGUGGCUACUAUUUCUGCAAGCCGCCUCUGUCGAGCACACCCCCUUCUGAAGUCCGUGGACAUGUUUAAGUUCCGGGGACCAUCUACAGUGGGAGAUCGCCUUGUCUUCAACGCCAUUGUCAACAAUACAUUUCAGACCUGCCUUGAAGUGGGAGUGCGCGUGGAGGCCUUUGACUGCCAGGAGUGGUCUGAGGGCCAGGGCCGCCACAUCAACAGUGCUUUUCUCAUCUAUAAUGCUGUCAAUGAUAAGGAAGAACUGGUCACAUUUCCCAGAAUCAAACCCAUGUCAAAGGAUGAUUUUAGACGAUAUCGUGGAGCUAUUGCACGCAAGAGAAUUCGCCUAGGCAGAAAAUAUGUUAUUUCCCACAAAGAAGAGAUUCCAUUUUGCGUACACUGGGAUACUGGCAAGCAGGUUGCCCUGAGUCAUGGCAAUGUGGAGGCUCUCAAAAAGCUGGCGGCCAAAAGUGGUUGGGAGGUGAUCAGUGCUGCAGAAAAGAUAAAAAUAUAUAUCCUGGAAGAGCAUGAUAUUUUAUCUAUUUGGGUUGAAAAGCAUGUGAAAAGACCAGCCCACUUGGUUUACCAUCUCUUGUCCGACUUUACCAAGCGACCUUUGUGGGACCCUCAUUGCACGUCCUGUGAGGUCAUAGAGCGGGUGAGUGAAGACAAUCAAAUAUAUUAUAUCACCUGUCCUGUAGUGAAUGGUGAUAAACCCAAAGACUUCGUAGUGCUUGUAUCACGAAGAAGGCCUCUUGAAGAUUGUAAGACGUUCUCGGUGGCAGCGAAGUCGGUUAUUCUGCCGUCAGUCCCUCCUUCUCCACAGUACAUGAGAAGUGAGAUCCGAUGUGCCGGGUUUCUCAUCUGUGCUAUUGACAACAGUUCGUGCACCGUAUCUUACUUUAACCAGAUUUCUGCUAGCAUCUCUUCCUACUUUGCUGGAAAUCUUGGUGGCUGGUCAACAUCCAUUGAAGAGACAGCAGCUUCCUGUAUACGGUUCUUAGAGAACGCUGUUGAUGAUGGGUAGAUAAUCAGAUUUUAAAUGGUAAACUUUCAAUUACCUGUCAUUUGAUUUCUCACUUUUAAUUCCAAACACCCUUAACCCUGACACUUGGCAAGCUUUUGGGCCACAAAAUAAUUUAAAAGUAAAAUGCAGUUAUGAAGAGAUUAAAAACAAAAUGCAUCCUAAGUCAAAUACCAAUGACUUGGGUUGACAUUAAGAGCGUUAAAACUGUUUCAGAUCCUCUGGGAGGCACAGGCCAUGGAAAAUUGCCUAUAUUCUAUAUUGUGCGUUCUGUAAAAUGGUGCAAAUUUGGUUAAAAUGAUCAUAAACAUUUUUAGGCUACAGAGGUGAAAUGUGUUCUGUUUGAAAUUUUAUAAAAUUUUCUGAAAUAAAAAAUGAUAAGUUGGCUGGUUGAUUAAUACCGUGGGAUUAUUCCAGGUUCAGCAGGUAUCCGCUCCUUGUCAAGAGCAUCUGACAAGAUGUAUUACAUGUUUUAGAGCUUUAAAUUAGGAAGACAUUAAGACAUAAUGGGACCCAAUCAAUUUUAGUAAUAGGAACUACUUUAUUAGUGUCAUUUAACAUAUAGUCAAGGUGGCUGACCAAUUUAGUAUCUAUUGCCCUAUAUACACAUACAAAGUACCUGCAAAAUGUGAUAUUGCAGAGAAAGAGAAUAUUAACUGAGCUCUUCUUUCAUAACUAUUACAUUAGCACUUUCUAUUCCCUAGACUUCAACAUUUAUUAUUCUACUCUGUCAGUGAUUUGUCUAAUCUCCUAAGACAAACCAACAUAUGUCAAGUUAGCCUCCUCUACAGGACGACAUCUAAAAGUCGGAGGACUUCUCCGUUAGAGUGGAGAGCAGAGGGGUUGGAUGCAUCCUGCUGUUAUCUCUGCUCCCCCUGCUUAUGCCACCUCCCCAUCCACCCACCCAGUCUAGGUCUGGUUGCAAUUAUUUUUAUUAUUCUGUGUCAGCAAGUCUUCAUUUAUAUGAACUUUGGACUGUGCUCCAAUUUUAUGAAUUAACAUUUAUAUACAAUAAGAAGAUUGGAUAUGUAGAUUAAAAUGAUGAUUACACAUUACAUUUCGGAAGUAGAAAGAAAGACGUUUAAGAAUAUUUUUAGAUUUUAAAAAAGGGAAAUAAAUGAGCAGUUAAGGGAUUACAUUACACUAAAAUUUUGUAUGCUAUAAUUUCAGACCUCUCCUACAUUUGAGGCACUGCCAACUACUGUCUGUCCUAUGUUUUGCCCUGAAUUUAUAUUUUUUUGAAACUUUUUCCUGAACAGUAACAGAAACAUUGGGAAGUUGAUGAAACAGAAUAACUUUGGCUGGAUCACUUUUAGACAUAAAGAUGUUGCCCACUCUACUUUAUAACACAGGCAUAAUCUGUACCAGCACUCUCCAGUAUGGUAGCCACUAGCCAUAUGUGGCCAUUUAAAUUAAUUAAAAUUUAAAAAUCAGUUCUUCGGCCACACUGGCCCCAAUUUAAGUAUUAUUAGGUACAUGUGGUUAAGUGGCUACCAUAUUGGACAGUGUAGAUAUAGAACAUUUCCCUCAUCACAGAAGAUUCUUUACAUGGUGCUGGUCUAUUGAGUUUGUCCCAGUCUUAUAAUGCAGGCAGGUCCUUAGGUUUUCCCAUUUUCAUCUAUCUUUGUACCAAACAGUCCCUUCUACCCUUUCUCAAAGAAAUGCUUCUGAACAGAGACACAGGGCUCACCUGUCUGGCUCUUCCUUGGAUCAGUCAGCAUGGCCUAGGUUGAAGUGCUCACUUUUGGACUACUGGACUAAAGAGACUUUUAAAGGGUGUGACAUUGGAAAAAGCAGCAAUGCAUUAGGGCAUCUCAAAAAGUUUAAAAUCUACUGCUCGGAACCAUGCCACAAUGGACUAAGGCAUUCCUGUUGUAAAUUCAACAACAGCCCUUAGGUUUACAUUUCCUUCUUUAAUGGAAGUAUGUCUGAUUGCUCUUUCAUUCAUUCAAUAAAUAUUUAUUAAGAGCCUACUUUACCUUAAACACUUCUGGGCACUGUGGGUUCAGGAAGGAACAGAAGCACACUGAUAGCAUCAUAAAUAAAUAAUAUAGAACAUUUAGCAGAUAAGUGUUAUGUGGAAAAGUCAAGCAGGGUAAAGGAGAUGAGUGCUGGGGAGGCCUUGGGUGGUUCAUAUUAUAAAUAGGGCGGGCAGGGUAGGCUUCACUGAGGGACAUGUGAGCAAAAAUCUGAAGGCAGAGAGGGAUUGAACUACGAAGAUCUCUGGACAUAGCAUGCUUCCUGCAGGAGGACUAGCCCAGGCAAAGCCUCUGAGAUGAGAAUGUUUCUAGCACCUUCUAGGAAAAGCAGAGACGCUGGAGAGGCUGGAAUAGAGUGAGAGGUAAGUAAAGAGAACUGACUUAAAGACAGCCUCCCCUUGCUCUCUUUGGUGCCAGGCUUUAAGCAAGCUGCUCCAAGGGUAAGCAGUUAAGCUGGGUCAUCAGCUGCCACCCUAAACUCCCUGGAGACGUAGGACAGAGGAAACGUAAAAAUGCAGUCAUGCUUAAUUUUUCCUUAGGAGUGUUAAAGUAUCCUUAAAGAACACUCAAGACAUGCCUUUCUUGAUGCUGAGAGUUUUCAAGUGCUUCUAACAGGACUGAGAGCUUUUUGAUUAAGAAAGGAGGCUUGUCUCUAUUAAUUCUUCCUGGUUUUAAUGCAACUGAGCUUCUGAUCUGUAUUCAAUGUUUCUAUUAUCUUUUUUAAAAAAGAAAUCUAUGGAAAAAAGGUGAAAAUUGAUCUAUAUAGUUUGGAAUAUAGCUUAUCCUUAUACUCAAACAUCUUUAGGAAGUGAUGAACAAUUUUAACAAAAAUCAAAAGAAACCAGAGUAUUUUUAUAUGUACUAUCAUAUAGCUUUGUUCAUAUUUCAUAUUGCACAUUUCAGAGAUAACCUUGGAAAUUUUUAUUGGUAUAUUUAUAGGAGCAGUCUUGAAAAUACAUGUUGAAAAUGUAUAUGUUAAGGAGUAAGUUUUAUGGUUUAGAUUAAAUUAUUAAAAUUAAAA